AUCAACUUCCAAGUAUAUGAGUGAACUUUCAUCUCUCAAUUUCAUUUCCAAAUCGUCUUCUCAUCCAAAUUUCCCUCUCUAAUACUACUUUUCUGUAUAAUUGUUCUCCGUCCCACUCUUCUUUCCCCGCUGAUGUACGUUUCUUUUCCUUUUCCUCCUCCGCAAUGGCUUCAUCGUCAACAGCCGCCGGCCCCUCCAUCCGACAUCCAAGAAACCCAGACGCCACCCUGCCACCGUCCAUAGUGCACCUUUCUUUCAACCAUUUACGCAGCCUCUUUGCUGUCGGCACCACCGACGGCUACAUGAUAUUCAACACCAACUCUUUUGUACUAACCCGUCACCGAUACUUCCCCCAGCAUGACCGACAUGGCGACUUUGCUAUCGUGCAGAUGGACUUAGACACCAGAAAAUUUGCCCUAGUCUGCGGACUCAACCUGAACAGAGUCAGGAUCUGGGAUGAUGCUGAGCGAGAAUUCAUGGGGUGGAUCGAAUUCCAUUCCGAAGUGAAGAGCUUCCGCCUUUGGCAGAACCGCCUUGUUGCCGUGACGAUGCAAAAGGUACUCAUUUACAAUAUAAUUGGCUUCCUAUAUUUGCAUGAGAUAGAGACCGGGCCCAAUCCGAAGGGGUUGUGUGAAGUUUCGCAUUCGGAGCAGAUGGUUCUGGUUUGCUUGGGAUCGGAUAAAGGGGAGGUGAGCGUGGUGCACUACUCGUUACGUAGUAAUACUAGUACGCUGAUAAAGGCCCACGACUCGGAUGUUGCGUGUCUUGCUUUGUCGUAUGACGGGAGGCUGCUGGCAACCGCGGGUACUGAGGGCACGUUGGUUAGGGUGUUCGACGCAUCGGACGGAAGGUUGCUUCAGGAGUUAAGAAGGGAUUCUGAAGGAGCAGAGAUUCACAGCCUUUGUUUCUCCUAUGAUGCUGAGUUGUUGGCUGUUUCAUGCAAUAAAGGAGCAGUCCAUAUUUUUAGAUUAAACACGGGCUCAAGUUCCAUGGAAACCGAUGGACCACAGGAAGCAGAACAAAAUAAUAUUUCUCUUUCGCGUCUUUCCUCCUUCAAAGGUAUUCUAUCAAAUUCUUUUAGUUCUAAGUGGCCGAUGGCUCAGUUUCGUGUACCAGAAGAUAUACAACACAUUGUCGAGUUUGGCCACCAAACGAACACAAUUCUCAUUGGUGGCACGAAUGGCAGGUGGGGAGAUGACUCAAAUGGAAUGCCACAACUACCUUCAGCCAGAACUGGACUCGUGAGUACACUUUGGCUAGAUUUUGUAGGCAAUUCAUUGGAUUGUGAAUGUAUUAGUUUGGUAGAAAAUUGUAAAUAGUUACAGAUACACACUCUGGCAGUAUAAAAUCUAGUCCUUUGUUUUCCGUGCAAAUAGUCCAUUUGAAUCUUGAUCUAACUACAUUUGAUGGUUAGGGGUGUAAACAAGUCAAGUCCGAGUUGAGCUUAACAAUAGGCUCGAGUUCGAGUCCAAACUCAUGAUUUUGA